AUGCUUUCCUGGUUGAUGGGAGGUGCUAUAUCCGAUAAUUCGAACGUUGAUGAUUCCAUUCGUCAUCAUCAGCAACAGCAGCAGCAACAACAGCAGGCUCAAACGGCCGAUGAUCUCUCCGCGGCUAGGUCUCGGGAUCGAAGUCCAGCGACUGGACCCAUUAUGGAUGUCCGUUCCCUCGGCUAUCCCAGGGGUGGCCAACAGCCUUCUAUACCAACCCAUUUAGCUCCCCAUCUCCCGGCUGGACUCCUACCAAAUCAGAGGCUUUCAGUGGAGGAACUCUAUAAUGCGAUUAUCCGCUCUGGCGUUACUGUAGACCUAUCCCUUCUCGAAGCGUUUCGGCAACAACAGCUACAGCAACAGCAACAACAGCAUCAACAGAUGCAAGUUCUUUCUAGCAUGAGUUCAAGAACAAGAUCUCCUGCACAUCAGUCUGUUCAACAGCCUGGAUUUCAGGCUGUGGCUUCCGCUGCUGGGACGACAGCCAACGUGCCAUACCAAGGCUCUUCACGCCCCGCUAGCGGCUCUCUUGCAGACUUACCUCAACAGUCUUCCGGUAAGUCCAAUAACCUCACUCCUACCGCAUAA